AUGGAUAUGGUGGGCGAAAAUGAGGCUCUGCAGCAGUUUUUCGAAGCUCAGGGGGUCACCAGUGCACUGGGAAACCCAGUUCUGGAUACCAACUUGCUGGAGGAGUUAAUGGGCCAUGACUUCGAUUUGGGGACCUUGCAACGCCAGCUACCAGAUACCCCACCCUAUUCUGCAUCAGACCCAUGCUCUCCUCCACAGAUCACAGGUGCAUGCUACCCAACUCUGAGGCCUGCAGCUGAGAGGACUCCAGCUACCUUUGUCCACUCUGCAACUGCAUCUGGGAUGCUACCUUUGCAACCGCCACAGAGCACAUCAGAACCGAGCAACUCUGACCCUACUUCCCGUGGCUUUCACAACUGCUACCCAAGCACCAAUCAUCCUGCAAUUCCCCUGGACCAAUCCAUAUCCUCCCAUCUGGAGAUAAAUUGUUCUUACCAUCAGCAGCCUCUGUGCCACAGCCCUGGAGAUUCAUUGCCACCAACCAAAAAGAGGAGGCACACACAAGUGCUAGAAGACUCCGGGGACUGCCAAGUAUGGUCCCAGUAUUCCAGACCAAUGCCAAGUAGGAGUUAUGGCAACGAAGUACAAGACCACGACAGUGAGGGACAGAACAUGAUCCAUGUGGACCAGUGCUCACCAGCUCUGAAGUGGCAGCCAUAUCAAAGUGUCCCCUGGCACAGCUUAUUAAACCAUCGUUAUGAAAAACUACCUGAUGUAGGCUAUCGAGUUGUCACCGACAAAGGAUUUAAUUUUUCACCAGCAGAUGAAGCUUUUGUUUGCCAAAAAAAGAACCAUUUUCAGAUAUCCAUCCAUAUCCAAAUUUGGGGAAGUCCAAAAUUUGUCAAAACACAAAUGGGCCUAAAGCCAAUAGAAAUGUUUUAUUUGAAAGCUUUUGGAGUUAAGGUCGAAGCCACCAAUCAAAUAAUUGCUAUUGAACAGUCCCAAGCAGAUAGAAGCAAAAAGAUUUUCAAUCCUGUUAAAAUCGACCUAUUGGCUGACCAGGUCACCAAAGUAACGCUGGGAAGAUUACACUUCAGUGAAACCACAGCAAAUAACAUGAGAAAGAAGGGAAAACCAAAUCCUGAUCAGAGAUACUUCAUGUUGGUAGUUGGACUGUAUGCUGCUAACCAAGACCAGUUCUAUCUUCUGUCUGCCCACAUCUCAGAAAGGAUCAUUGUACGGGCUUCUAACCCUGGACAGUUUGAAAAUGACAGUGAUGCAUUAUGGCAGCGAGGACAUGUUCCAGAAUCUGUUGUCUGUCGUGGCAGAGUAGGAGUAAAUACAGAGACACCGGACGAAGCUCUGGUUGUCUGUGGCAACGUGAAAGUGAUGGGGACAAUCAUGCAUCCUUCUGACAGCCGGGCGAAGCAGAAUAUCCAGGAGGUAGACACAAAUGAACAGCUGAGAAGAAUCGCCCAAAUGAGGAUUGUUGAAUACGACUACAAACCAGAAUUUGCAUCUGUAAUGGGAAUAAACACUGCCCAUCAAACAGGAAUGAUUGCCCAGGAGGUGCAAGAGAUCCUGCCCAGAGCUGUGAGAGAGGUUGGUGAAGUCACCUGUGAAAAUGGAGAAAAGUUGGAGAACUUCCUCAUGGUUGAUAAGGACCAAAUCUUUAUGGAAAACAUAGGUGCAGUGAAGCAGCUCUGCAAACUAACCAACAACCUUGAAGAAAGAAUAGAAGAGCUAGAAAUAUGGAACAGAAAGCUGGCCAGGCUAAAGCGGCUCAGUAGUUUAAAGUCCUCAGCCAGUGAAGCAAGCUCAAUCAGCAAAUUGAGCAGAGCUGCUAGUGCAUCUUCUCCAAGAAGAACCGUUCCCAAAAAGCCCAACAAGGUUUAUUUUUCAGGAAAAAAACAGUCGUGUCCUAACUGGAUUUUCCAGACCUUGGUUAUAACUCUAAUUGCUGUGAUGGCAUUUUGUUUGAAAGAUCAAGAUCGACAUGCCCCAAAUCUCCUUCCAAGCAAUAUUACAAGCUCUCAGGAGCCAGCUCUGCCACCCACAGCUUCUCCAUCAGUACCUGCAAGUACAGCCUUGGCAACCACACAGCCCUCCCUCCAAGUACCGGAAAUCACUUUUUGUGAGAUCCUACCAUGUCAGGAGACUUACUGCUGCCCUGUCUGGGGAGACAGAAGAGUCUUUUCAAGUCCCUUCUCCAAGGAGGAGAAGCAGCUCUAUCAGAGGCCAUGGGCGGCAGAAAGGAGGAAAACAUUCCUGGAAAGAAAUGCAUUAACCAGUCCUGACUGGGGAAGUGACUGGAUCGAUACAACCAUCAGUUCUAUUCAGAUUAUGGAAAUCCAGCAAAGAAUAGAUCAUCGGUACUGUAGUAAAAGCCUUCAGUGCAGGUCUGGAAAAUACAAUUAUAAUAUUCCUGUAAAUAAGCACACACCUACCAAUGUCAAAUUUUCUCUGGAAAUCAACACAACAGAGCCAUUGAUAGUUUUCCAGUGCAAAUUCACCCUUGGAAAUAUAUGUUUCCAUAGUAAGUGGGAAGCCAAAGGGAUCCAAACUCGCAGAGAAAUCUCCCAGGAGAUGACACAGGGCUAUCAGCACAUUUGGAGUCUCCCUGUAGCUCCUUUCUCUGACAGCGCAUACCAUUUCCGAGUAGCUGCACCGGAUUUAGCUGAUUGCUCAACAGAUCCUUAUUUUGCCGGGAUAUUCUAUACAGAUUACUUCUUUUACUUCUAUCGACGUUGUACCUAA